AUGUACACGUCACCACGGCUAUGGCAAAAAGACAUCCACCCUUUCGAACAACUUACGACCCGAAUAGGACCUUUGCGAAUAAGAAGAUGUGGUUCAACGCCAGUUUUGGCUAUCUUAGUCGCUUACACUUCAACAUCAAACUACGAAGAAGAACUCGAAGCUUUCUAUAUGAACCUAGGGAAGUUCUACAAAGAAGACCACACUUUCUACAAGGUCAUUGUUGGUGAUUUUAACGCCAAAAGUAGCCCCAGAAGAACGUCUGGAGAACUUCACACCGGGACUCACGGCCUACAAUGGAACGAACAUUGGAAAAGACUUUACAAGUUUGUUGUGACGACUAAGACCAUCCAUGGGAACUCGCAAUUCCAGAAACCCUCCCCUGUAUCUGGACAUGAGAGUCGCCCUGUGGAGGGUACUGAAAAUGACCACAUGAAUCGACAAUAA